UUCUCUCACCGGGAGGAAGAAUAAUUCCAGAUCAUCAUCACAAGACAACUUGAACAUCUAUCACCAAAGCAUUCAAAACAAAGAUUCGUCUAUCACUCAGCAUAUCACCACACACAAACCGUCAAAAUGUCCGGAAUCAUGAACAAGCUCAAGGAGGCCGUCCACCCCCACCACGACAACAAGGACAACCGCUCAGCGGCCGAGGGCACCCAUGGUCCUCACAACAGCCGUGUCGCCAACGCGGCUGACCCGCGUGUCGACUCUGACCGUGAUCACUCUUCCACAGUAGGCACCGGUCGUACCGCCGGCCACGGGGAGUACGGCUCCAGCGGUUACGGAACUGGCACUGCGGAGGGCGCCCACGGCCCGCACAGCAGCCGUGUCGCCAACGCCGCGGAUCCCCGUGUCGACUCUGACCGGGACCACUCCAGCACCAUCGGCGCUGGCCGUACUGCCGGCAUGGGUACUGGCUCCGCCGGCUACAGCACGGGCACCAGCGAGGGCGCAUACGGGCCUCACAGCUCUCGCGUAGCCAACGCUGCUGACCCUCGUGUUGACUCGGACCACGACAACUCUCACACCUUCGGCGCUCAGGGCCGUACCGCUGGUGCUGGCACCGGAAUGGGCAUGGGCAUGGGCUCCAGCGGCCUCGGAUCCUCCAUCCACCACACCGGCGCUGGCUCUGGCAUCACCGGCUCCGGUCUCGGCGGCUCUAGCGGCUUCGGCUCGUCCAACACCCACCACACCGCAGGCGCUGGCUCCGGCGCCACCGGCAUGACCGGUACCCACGGUGCUCCGGCGGGCACAUACGGCCCGCACAGCGGCCGCAUGGCCAACGUGGCCGACCCCCGCGUCGACUCGGACCGCGACGGCCGCGGCGCCAUCGGCUCCGGUCCCGGCCCUGCUGGUAACACCGCCGGCCCGCACAAGAGCGACAUGGUCAACAAGAUGGACCCCCGCGUCGACUCGGACCUCGACGGCAGCAAGACCGUCGGUGGCAACAAGACCUACCAAUCUGGUACAACAACGUCAACAUACCGGGAUCCCACCGACGCUGCUCAGGUCCCCCCUUCAGUGCUAGCACAGCAUAUUGGGGCACCGACCGUCGAGCACGGCGAUGACUCUCAUCACCGCGAGAGGCGUCACAGUGUCCAGACGCACCAAGAGAAGUUUAGCGGUGUCUAAUUUAUUUCUCCUUGGGACGGAUGGGUUAUUCAAUGAGGUGGCAGGUUGUUGACUCAUGAUGAGUUACGAAGAUUUUUCCUUUGUCAAACCAUCUCCUGUACUAUUAUUAGCAGAUACCACGAGUUAGCAGCGCAGAGGAGCUGUAGUCGACGGAACAUGCAAAGAUUGUUCUGCCCUGAAAGCAUUUUUAAACCCUUACAACUGUGAACUUUGCUGGUCUUCAUGUGGCCCCUCAGACAU